ACCGAAAACUGUGUGCGGACUUCACGCGCUCUUUGGCCUCCCACUUUCUUCACAAUAACAAAUUUUCAGUUCCGAAACUUUUCCAGUAAGCAAUUUCCCAAAUAAACCAUAUGCAACAAAACUAAUUCACCUUUUAAUUUCUUCAUUUCCAUUACUCCAGUCACAAUAAAAUUGUUAAACUAUUCGAUUUGGAUACAAUAAUUCUAUUGAGUUUCAGCUGGGAAGAAUGAUGUGACUGCUGGUCUUGUGGAAUUCUUAUAUGAAAUUCCCAUUGUAUAUUAUGCAUUUGUAAUGGAUGCAAUUGAAGCCAAAACUGAGGUUAGUGUUGUUCCGGUAACGAACACCUUUGGGGCUUUGGACAAGGAGAUUACUGAUCCUAUUGUUUACCAGCUUGUCCGGGUUGAUGGCGAUGGAAGAUUAGUCCCGGCAACUCAGGAUGAAAUUAUGGUGGUUGAGGACUUGCUUGAAGAUGAUAAGUGUGAACCCAAGCUUGUUCCAGAUACCAGACAGAUUUCGGAAUCCUGCAUAACUGAGGGAUACCUUAUGGCGAGAAAUUUAUUUCAAGUUCCAGAAGAAAAGUCAAAUGUGUUAGUUGAUGCAGUGCCUGACUUGGGAAACAUAGACGCUCCCGAAAAGGUGGCUGUUCAUGGAUUGAAUCCUUUCUCAGAACUCAGCGAUUUUGACCAAUCUGUGAGGACUGAAACAUGCUUCCAUUCCCAGGAUGCAUCAAAUGAGGAUAUGCCAUCAACCUCUGCUGCUGGUUCUAGUUGGAAGCCUGACUUUUCAAAGUUGGAGGGAAAGAUAUGUUUAGACAACCUAACAGUUAAAGAACUUCAGGAAACUUUUAAAGCAACUUUUGGAAGGGAAACUUCUGUCAAGGACAAACAGUGGCUUAAGAGGAGGAUUACCAUGGGGCUGACUAAUUCGUGUGAUUUUUCAUGCACUACUUUCAUAAUAAGAGAUAAUGUAGUGGUGAAGAACGGUGAAGAACAAAUAUAUCAUCGUGUAAAGAGUAGAAUUUCUGCAGAUUCUGAAGAUGGAGUGGCAAAUUCAGACUCUAGAGGGUCAUUAGGUGAUCGUGAUAACAGAAUAAAUGAUGAUGCUGAUCUUUGUGGCGAAGAUGUUUCUACUUCAGCCUUUGAAAGUUGUAAUGUUACUAAAGAUCUGGACACAGAGCAGAGAACAGCCAAACGAGCUCGCAAGCCAACAAAAAGAUAUAUUGAAGAACUUUCUGAAUUAGAAUCUAGGGAAUCCAGUGAAAAGUUAGCGUCACCAGAUAAAAUCUCCAGAUACCGAUUUGCAUGUCCACAAACUCAUAUGAGGCCCACCAAAAAUGUGAGGUCAAAUGCAAGACCUCUGGUCACCAGGGAAGAUUCUUUAGGAGGUUCUGGGAUUCAAAUUCCGUUUGUUUCUCGGAUUCGAAGGAGCCGUCCGCGUGAGAACUUCAUGCCUCUUUUGAAACUUCAGCCCUGUGGUAUGGACAUGGUGACCAGAAAAGUAACGAGUGCUUUUGAUGUAUCUGGGCCACAAGAAGAUGAUAAGAGAAACAAUGACCUGAUCAAGUCCAGCUCAUCUCCUGGGUGGACUCAACAGCCUCUUAUUGCUGCUUGUGAAAAAGACGAUCACUACAGUGGGAUGAAAAUUGUUGAGCUGGAGAAUGACGUAGAGCCGAAUGACUGCUCUGAGUACAAUUCGGAUGAUAAUGUGGUGACUGUACCCACCCAAAAAGGAGGAAUGAGGAGAAAACAUCAUCGACCUUGGACUAUCGAUGAGGUUGUUAAGCUUGUGGAAGGUGUAGCCAGGUAUGGUGCAGGUAGAUGGUCUGAGAUAAAACGGCUUGCUUUUGCGUCUUGCUCUUAUCGAACUUCGGUGGACCUGAAGGACAAGUGGAGAAAUCUGCUGAAAGCUAGUUUUGUGCAGUUGCCUGCUGAAAAAGGGAUUCUGAAUUCCCGGAAACAGGCUUCAGUUCCGAUCCCUGCUGCUAUUCUCCGGCGUGUGAGAGAGCUUGCUGAUAUGCAAGGUCAGUUCCCACCGGGUCUUAGUACAGGGAAGUCAAGUGGACAUAGUAGUAGCGAUAGAAGUGUACAUGAUGCUAGGUCUGGAUUCCUGUAAUUUCAACAUCAUAAAGGUCUUUUUUUGGGGGGGAAAUAAGCCUGAUGGUGAUUGGCAAACAGUUCGCUAACCAUUAUAUUUCAUAUGCUAAUACUAAUACUACUUUUUGUGUGAUUUAA